AUCCACUUUUAAACAGUCUGAUUGUAAGAUUUUUUAAAAAGAUUUUAUCACCAUGGCAACAUCUAAUGUGGAUUUUCACGAGGAAAUCUUUCGGGAUGAUAAGAUAAACAGUUCAGUUGAACGGGAAAAUGAGGACGGACAAUUUCAUCAAGAAGAUCGUACUGAUUCCAGGGAGGAUUGUUCAAGUUCUUUCUGGAGCUCCAGACCACGUUACGACAGGAGCAGCGUUCCGAGCAUACUUGUUUCUGGGAUCGAGGCGGAUGAUAACAAUGCUAGGGAUGAAGGUAAUGCAUCUAGAACGGAUGAGCUAGUAGCAGAUCAGGUCGCAAGGGAUGACGGGAAUGAUGAUUACGCCAACACCACUUGGACAGUUAUUCACCAUCCGCACAUGGCUUCGGAGCUCCUAGCUGUGCUAAGUGCCAUGCGAGAUGCAGGGGACAUGACUGAUGUUCGUCUCAAAGCAGGCCACAAGACCUCCGGCCCGGCCCUCCCCUGCCAUCUGGCCGUGGUCUGCGCGGGAAGUCCCCUCCUGCAGAAGAGUCUACUCGAAAACUACGGCGACAGACUCGCGAGUGCGGGAAGGAAUCGGAUCCUGGACGUGCCGAAGAUGAAGCCAGAGAUGCUGCAGCUCAUUGUGGAUUUCACUUACACCUCGAAGAUGCAGAUCACCAACCAGAACGCCCAGGAGUUGCUCCAGCUUUGCUUUAACAAGACACCCUUCCUUGGCAAGUCUGUGGAGUUCGCUUGCAGCGAGUUUCUGGUUGGCCAGUUCUCGACCGAGACGGAGAGUGAGACGUCAUCGACAAGCGCCAUUACGUCAUCCGGUCUAUCCACGGAGGACGAAACCCAAUCUUGCCAGUCGUCUACUUUCUCGGCUGGACAGGAGACAUUAUUUCAUGAGUACAACUACCCACUGGAAAUCUUGCACAUUCUGAACGAGCAGAGACACAAGAAAACCGAAAUCACAGAUCUUGUCUUGAUGGUGGAGGGUAAGGCUUUCCCUUGUCACCGAGCUAUCCUGGUGGCACUCAGCCCAUACUUUCGUGCCAUGUUCACCUCAGCCAUGCGUGAAUUUCGACAGAAGACCGUCACCCUGAGUGACAUAAAAUCGAGUAUAUUCUCUCGCCUUCUGGACUUCAUCUACACCUGCAAGCUCCGGAUUAAUGAGGACACCGCCCAAGUGAUGCUGGAGACAGCCUGCUUCCUGCAGCUCACGCCGGCUGUGAGCGCUUGCAGCCAGUUCCUCAAGGAGAACAUGGUGACGGAGAACUGCCUGGGAAUCCUCGGCUUCGCCAAGCUCUACACCUGCUCGCAGCUCUACGAGGACGCAAUGACGCACGCCCUAGCGAAUUUCAAAGAGGUUGUGACGUGCGACGAGUUCUUGGAGCUCCCAGCUGACAUCUUGGCGACAUACAUCGCAGACGACAGGCUGAACGUGAAGACGGAGGAGACUGUCUUUGAAGCCGUGGUGAGAUGGGCCAGUGCAGAUACCAAACUGAGACCCUUUCAACUGUCUCGCGUCUUGGCACACGUCCGUCUGCCGCUAAUCGACCCGGUCUAUUUUUGUGACUUCGUGGAGACCGAGCCGCUGGUUUUGCAGUGCCAAGAGUGCCGAGAGCUGGUCAAUACGGCCAAAAGACUGAGGGAACUUUCGGGCAGAGGCCAGCACAUCAAUGACCCCAAUUUGAAGUUGCGUUUUUCCAUGACUACCCAGGUGAUCGUUAUCGUGGGUGGUUACGAUGACAACCAGCGAUGGGUCCGUGACGUUUGGUGUUUCAACGCACGUGAUGAGUCUUGGCACAGCCUCGCCCCGUUCCCAGGCCGCAACCAGCGCUUCGCCACCGUCGCCGUGGAGAACGACAUCUACGUGAUCGGAGGCCAGGCUGAGCAUGGCGACAGCAUGUCGGAGACGCUGUCCGAUGUCUGGCGUUACGACUCUAUCACCGACACCUGGAGCAAAGUGGCCGGCAUGAACAAGCCACGACAUGGUCAUGGGGCAGCCGUGGUGGACGGCAAGAUCUAUGUGGUCGGCGGCAAGAUGGGCUGGGCUAAGAAGUUCAACGACAUCGAACGGUACGAUCCAGCGUCCAACAUGUGGGCUUGCGUGACGCGUGUUAAGGGAAGUUACUUAGAGAAGCCGGUAGCUACCUCGCAUGGUGGGAAGCUGUAUGUGAAUGGGUACUUCUACCGCGAUCCAGAUAUCGUGCAUUGCUAUGACCCGCACGAUAGCUCCUGGACGCCCAUGUAUAGCUUCCAGCGCGCACAGGGUGAUGCCAUCGAGACGGCUGUGGUACUGGAUGACUACAUCUACUUCUUGGUGUAUCGUGGGUAUGACAACUACAUCGUCAUCUUCAAUCCAGCCACGUGUGAGCGAGUGAAGGGAGGAUGCAAGAUGCCCGACGGGAAAUACCUGUACUCCUACGGAGCCACCGUGAUGGGAGACAAGAUCUUCGUGGCCGGAGGGAGUAAGCUCGACGCAAGUAUCAACGUGCCCUACAUUCAGUGCUACGACCCGGCACUUGAUAUGUGGGGCGUGGUCGGGACAAUGCCACACCCACUUUGUGAACAUGGGUGUGUCACAAUCGAGAAAUACAUGCCACCCUCAAAUUCUUGAAAGAUACAAGAAAAUCCUGAAAUAGCAAAUUGCAUGGCAAGCACAUUACAUGUCAUUUUGUGGAACUGAAUCCAGCUGCAUGCAUGCGCAUUUUUACAGAUGAAUUCAUACAUGCAUGUUCGCGCUAUUUUUUUUAAAGAAG